GAUGUUCAUAAACCAGUGGCGACCAUAAGGAAAAGCAGUGUGACAAUCAAGAAAGUUUUGGGAACAACUAAACACCAGUGAGCCCAUUCUGCAAAUAAUUAACUUCCAAAAGUCUAUUUAAGCUCAGCACUUGCCAAAUGACAUCAGGCAUUUUGCUCGACUCCGUUACAUUUUUAGCUUUCAAACAUGCCGUUUUUCAUUUCCUUUUCGGCUUUUCAUUUAUUUUUCAUUGUUUCAUUAUGUACAUACUUCACUGGAGUUGCAGCACAGACAGAUUGCCGUAAGAGUGCGAUUCCUAAACUUGAAAACGCUGAAAGCCGUUCAGAUUUGAAGGACCAGUACAGCAACAAAGAAUCUGAACGAUUUCCUUGUAAGACCGGCUUUGUGGGUUUUUUUCGAGUAACGUGCAGAGAUGGAGUUUGGUCAAAAAGCGGACAAUGUCAAGCAAAGCAGUGUGGUCACCCUGGGGAUACAUUAAACGGGGACUUCAGUCUUGCAGUUGGAGAUGAUUUUGUAUUUGGAUCAACGGUUCAAUACACUUGCAGAAAAGGGUACACCAUGGUGAGCAGGAUAAGUCAUCGCACAUGCCUGUCCAGCGGAUGGGAUAAUAAUGUUCCUUUUUGUGAAGUGGUGAAAUGUGAACCACUGAAUCCACCUGAACAGUUGGAUGUAUCAGGAAACUUUGAAUCUCCCCAGUAUAGUGAUGUGGUAGAAUUUGAAUGCAACUCUGCUGCAGAGAAACUCAAUGGACCAAGACAAAUAUAUUGCACUGACACUGGUGACUGGAGUGGACAGAUGCCGACAUGCCAAGAAAUAACAUGCACACGCCCGGACAUACCAAACAGUAUAGUCGACGGUAAGAACGUCAUAUAUAAGAACGACGAGGUUAUAAGAUUUCGAUGUGUGGAAAACUACGAUGCCGUUGGAAGUGGGAUUGCUAGGUGUGGCAAAGACGGAUGGACAUUGUCGGUCCGGUGUGAAGAAUUUAAGUGUAAAGUGCCCGAUGGACAGUUUUUGGACUUUACCUCAUUCCCUGCCACUGAAUAUACAGUUGGUGAAGUGGUUAAUUAUACCUGUUUGGAAAGGUAUAAAAAAACAGAAAAAUUUGCCAGAUGCACACGGAACAACUGGAGACCACAAAUACUGUGUGUGGAAAUCACUUGCAACAACAUUCCUAAUAGUCGCUCUACAAAGCGUGUAGAUGAAAAGUGGUACCAUUAUCGUUGGACAUUCACUUAUGGAGAACACAACUACGAAUGUAAUACAAGAUUUAGAAAAACACAACCUACAGCAAAUUGUACAGCACAUGGUUGGGCUCCAAAAAAUCCCUGUGAAGAAAUCACAUGCAUUAAGCCUCAGGAAGUUAAACUACAUGACGGUGAGACGGUUUUCCGUCUAGGAAAACAUGGUUAUAGCUGUGUGGAUGGAUACAGACGAACUUCCAAUGAGGCCGAAUGUACUAAGAAUGGAUUAGUGAAGGAACAUCUAUGUGAACGGGAAUGUGUUAUGCGUCCUAUAACAAAUGGAUACACGGUCCGUGCGGAACAUGAAUCUGCCCUUUCAUAUGCAUGUGACGAGGGUUAUAAACCCAAAACAGGAGGAUGGUGGGACUACAUAACAUGUACAAAUGAAAAAUGGUCUGAUACUCCAGAAUGUAUUGAUAAAAAUCUCUGCAGGGACCUGCCAGAAAUCGCAAAUGGAAGAUCAAAGGAAACCAAACAAGAGUAUAGACACGGAGAGACUGUUAAAAUUGAAUGCGAUGCAGGGUAUUCUGCAAAAUGCACCAGCAGAAGUCCGAAAGUACCAGCAUGCAAGGCUGGAGAGGGCUGCAAUAAUACAAUGGCAGCUGAUAAGUCAGACAAAGGUGCUGGAUCUGAUGACUGUGCCUUGGCCAAAUGUAUCAACGGAGAAUGGCAGUUACCUCAAUGCAUUAAAUGUGUUCUGCCUCCUUUAACAAAUGGAUACACGGUCCGUGCGGAACAUGAAUCUGCCCUUUCAUAUGCAUGUGACGAGGGUUAUAAACCCAAAACAGGAGGAUGGUGGGACUACAUAACAUGUACAAAUGAAAAAUGGUCUGAUACUCCAAAAUGUAUUGCUAAUAACAGCUGCAGGGUUCUGCCUGCAGUUUUUCAUGCAGGGAUACACAAGGAUGAGUAUUCAGAUGGGGCAACGGUGGAAAUUCAGUGUUAUUUGGGGAGUACCUCUAAAUGCAUCAAUGUAAAAUUGGAAUGCACCGACAACUGCACAAGAAUCGAUGAAGAAAGAAAAGGUAGCAAGGAUGAAGAUAUAAAACGAAACGCUUGUGAAGCAGAAUGCCAGACUCAUUACUCAGCAAAAUGCAAAGAUGGAGAGUGGACAUUUCCGCUAUGUUACGAUAAAGUGAAUGAUUUGCCCUGUGACAUGGUCCCGGACAGGCAGUUGGAAAAUAAAAGAAAUGAAGAAGGCAUCGCAACACAAACCAAAUAAUGUUUCCAUAACUGUGUAAUGAUAUCUAAGUGUUUUUUUUUUGGUGAUCUACAAUACAAUUGCCAUUUCAAAUAAUCUCAGGAUCAUGUUUUACUGAUUAAAGGAAAUGUGUUUAUAGAGAGUGAUCUUUUAAUAGGCCAAUUUUGCAAUGUGACUAAUUACAGCUACCAAAAAAGUGUGGGUGAUGAUCAGACAGAGAGGGUCCAAGUGCAGGAGGUGUGGAUGUUUAAUUUGGAAGUUCAACUCGAAAUCAGAGAGAGGCAGGGCCAGAACAAGGGCAGAGACCCAAGACAAUAUGGAUGCAUAAUCCAAAGGGGAGAACGCAGGUAUGUAUAGGCAAUGGGUCAGUACCAAGAAGGGAAUCAAUGAUGCAACCAAAACCAGGAAAACACACGGGCAAGAAUCCUAAGUCCUGGGACCUGUAUCACAAAGUUGAUGCAUAAAAGCACAACAUGUGCAACAGUCAGCCAAUCACUUAAGCAAGGACUGCAGCACAGUUAUGUAUUUCAAUGCAGUGGAACAGAGAGUCAUGCUAAAGAACAAGGAAUUCUGAAGUACAACAAUGGUGAAGACCACCAAAAGCUAGAAAGGCGUGAAGCAGCAGAUCGCCAACAGUGGAAAUGUACACGUGCAGUUUCACUGUCAUUAAGAUAAUUGUCUUCACUCACAAACAUGCACAUUGUGGUUUUUGUAAUAAUUCUUGUCGUUUUAAUGCAUGUUUGUUAUUCAUUAUUAAACAGUUACCCAUUUAA